AUGUCCGAGGCUACGAGUCAAGGCAAUGGAGAGGCCAGUAUUCAUCAAGCGCCCCGCAGAAGAAGGGAUGGAACACACGAAGCCACCCUACUCCAUGAAAGCUCAGCGCACAGGGACGCAGUGCUCUCCCUCGACCUCUGCGAGGCUGCAACUGACGCUGCUCAUCCAGAUGAUGCUUCUCUGCCUAAAGCGAAUGGCCAUGUUCGAUGGAUCCUUUCUGUCGGAACUGACAGAGUUGUUAAGGCGUGGUCUGUGGACCUUCAGCGCCUUGGGCAGCUCACAUCUGUCCGUUUCAUCAACUCACAGCGGCACGCUUUGGCAGUACACUCCUCAUAUCUGAGUAAAUGA